AUGGCUUCGCACUUGGGUCACACCGGCAUAGACCCGCCUUGUACAUUCGACGACCCCCAAGAAGACGAGGAGAACGCCGACACGCUUGGCCGGCGCGACACGAGCACAAUGGGCACAGCAAGCGCGCCAGAGGGCUUCGCGAUGCCCGCGCAGUCUGCUGCGAAUGCCAAUUCCUGCUACGGCCAGCGCAGCUCGGAGAAGACACCGCAUGGCAGCAGGAUCAGUUCUCGCUUCCCGCGGUCAGUCCGCGCGGAGUAUCGCUUCACGACUGCUAGUAUCACUUUGGCCUCAGCUAUAGUCGUCCGCCAGUAG